UUCACAUGACAAAUACUCUCUCUCAUCCUUUUCCUCAAGUGAGGUGCAUCCUUUUUGUGUGCCUCGUUCCUUGGUCGUUCUGUUGCGCAAUCCAUCACGGUACGCCUAAACCCUCUCGCUCCCUAUACCAAUUCAUACGUAUAAGUUUCCUAUAAGUUAUGUAAGUACGAUGUGAAAGUAGAAGACAAAAGACAUGCACGCAUACAAUAGGCUACCGAGUAGUGGACACAGCAGUCCAUCAGCACCAUCAUCUCCCCGCCUCCGUUCCAAACCCGCUCCUCGUUUUCCCGGUCAACCCGCCCCCAAAACCCUUCCCCAGCAUCUUGCGUCCCAUUUUCUCUCUCUUCUUCUUCGUAGACAAGGAAUUUUUCUUUUUGCCCCAUUGAUUUACAUAUCCGCAGUGCUUUUUUACAUGGAUACUCUUUCCUUUCACAACCUUCCACCUCCACAUUAUGCACCACCUGGCUCCAUUUACCGUAGCCCACAGCUUUAUGCUAACCUGCGACCUGAAAUGGAGUCCGAUAAUUCCACUGCUGAUGCGAUAUCGACAAUAUGGAGAAACUCCUAUAAAGGUGGUGAAUGGACACCAUGCAUUGACAAGUCCUCAAGAGGUUUACCUGAAUCAAAUGGGUACAUUUAUAUUGAGGCAAAUGGUGGGCUUAAUCAGCAAAGAACAUCAAUAUGCAAUGCUGUUGCUGUGGCAGGUUAUCUUAACGCAACCCUGAUCAUUCCACAUUUCCACUUUCAUAGCAUUUGGAGGGAUCCAAGCAAAUUCAGUGAUAUUUAUGAUGAAGAAUUUUUCAUUAAAACCCUAGCAAAUGAUGUAAGGGUGGUGGACAAGGUUCCUGGUCUUAUUAUGGAACGGUUUGAUCACAAUAUGACCAAUGUGUACAACUUCAGGAUCAAGGCAUGGUCCUCCGUUUCGUACUACCGGGGGACAGUUCUUCCUAAGAUGGUUGAAGAACAGAUCAUCAGGAUAUCCCCGUUUGCUAAUCGUUUGUCAUUCGAUGCUCCUCCAGCAGUUCAGCAGCUUAGGUGUCUGGCAAACUACGAAGCCCUUAGAUUUUCAAAUUCGAUUUUGAGUUUAGGACAAACAUUGGUUACAAGAAUGAAAGAGCGAAGUGCAAAUAAUAGUGGGAAGUACAUAUCUGUGCAUCUUCGCUUUGAGGAGGAUAUGGUUGCUUUCUCUUGUUGUAUAUAUGAUGGUGGAGAUAAAGAGAAAAUAGAUAUGGAUGCUGCAAGAGAGAGAGGAUGGAGGGGAAAAUUCACAAAACGUGGUAAAGUGAUUCAUCCUGGAGCAAUCAGGAUCAACGGAAAGUGUCCCUUAACUCCAUUAGAGGCUACGAUGAUCAGUGAAGAUCUCACAAUGAACACCAUAAAGGUUGGAUUAAUGUUAAGAGGGAUGGGGUUUGGUAAAAGCACAUCCAUUUAUUUAGCUUCUGGAAAGAUCUAUGACUCUGAGCGACACAUGAAACCACUAUUAGAGAUGUUUCCUCUUUUACAAACGAAAGAGAUGCUAACAUCCCAUGAAGAACUCGCCCCAUUUCAGAAUUACUCUUCCAGGAUGGCUGCUAUAGACUAUACUGUUUGUCUUCAUAGUGAAGUAUUUGUGACAACACAAGGAGGAAAUUUCCCCCACUUUCUGUUGGGUCAUAGAAGAUUCUUGUAUGGUGGACAUUCGAGGACAAUUAGGCCAGACAAGAGGAAGUUAGCUUUGUUAUAUGAUAACCCAAAUAUUGGGUGGAAAAGCUUCAAGCGGCAAAUGCUAAAUAUACGAGCACAUAGUGAUUCAAAAGGAAUUGAGAUUAAAAGACCAUCUGACUCUGUAUAUUCAGUCCCGUGCCCAGAUUGCAUGCGCCGCAGUAACAAGACUGAAGUUUUGAAAUCAUCCUCAGCGACAUGAUUCUGGGCAUAUCUUUGGUGGUGUUUCAAUUCUCAUUGUUUGUAUGGAAUUCAGCUCCUUAACCCUGCCAUUCUGUGUCCCCCGACACUUUGGAGAAGGCCCCAUACAGGAUCCUAGAGCAAGCCUUCUUGAGAGAUUUUCUUCGAUCGCUCGUCAAUUAUUCUUUUCUGGGUACGAGUUAGCGUGACGUUGUACAUGAUAAUCCGAGUAAAGGACAUAAAAAUCAUAUUGAUUGCUGGGUAUAUGUAGGUGUUGAUUUAUAUAGAUUCAUGUUCCGGCUGCUGUGAAUUGACACGGGAUACAUAUUAAUUCAUUGAACAUUUGUUUUAUGAGUGAGGAUCUUGUAUAUUACUUGAGAGGAUGUAGUAUUAGACAGGGUUCCCAAUUUUUAGUUUUGGUUACCCUCGUCUUUGCAAAUAUUAGUUCUCUCUGUUGAUAUUUAUCUCCACUUCUCACUACAUUUAUGAUCUCCCGCACAACACAAUUCUAAACUGUGGGAUGAAGUCUGUAUAUUAAAAACAAUAUCAAUCUUGAACUUUCUUAUUAGAUGAUUAUUUUUAUAGGAAGCAUUUAUGAUAACACAGUA